UAUAAAUGAACAAAACAUCAAACAUUGUUGCAUUGCUUAAACAGUGCAGUAACAGCACCAGGUUGCUGCAACAAAUCCAUGCACAAACCACCAUUAAUGGCCUCCUCCUUCAAACUGAAACCCUAAUAUGGAAUUCAGUCAUCAGAGCCUAUGGCCAAAGCCCUAGCCCCAUCCAUGCAAUCCUCAUUUACAACUACUUCAUUCAUCUGGGAUCACAACUCCCUGACAAUUACACCUACCCUGCCCUCCUUAAGGCCUGUAGCCACUUGCCUUAUUCCCUCCCUAAAGCAAGAGAAGUGCAUGGCCAUGCCACCAAACUAGGGUUUGUAUCUGAUGUUUAUAUUCAGAAUUCUCUGAUUCAUGUAUAUGGGGUUUUGUCACAGAUUGAUGAUGCACGUAAGUUGUUUGAUGAAAUGCCUCACAGAGACCUAACAAGUUGGAAUUCUAUUCUGACAGCUUAUGUUUGUACCUGUGAUCUUAGAACUGAGGUUUUUGUUUUGUUUAGAGAGAUGGUUCGUCAUGAUGUUUGUUUUGAUGGAAUCACAUUGGCUGUGGUGUUGUCUGGAUGUGGAAUUUUGGGCUGUGGAAGAGUGAUUCAUGCUUAUGCUUUGAAACAUGGGCUUGCUUUUGAUGUUAGAGUGGGGAAUUCAAUUAUGGAUGCAUAUGCAAAAACCGGUGAUUUGGAUGCUGCAUUUGGAGUGUUUGAGGAAAUGGGAGUGAUGGGUUGGAGUGACGUUGUUUCGCAUACUAUUUUGAUUAAUGCAUGCGUUGAGUCAGGUUCAUUGGAGGUUGCACGAGACAUUUUUGAUCGGAUGAGUUCUAGAGAUGUUGUGCUAUGGAAUUCGAUGAUUGAAGGUUAUAUAAAGGCCAAGCGGCCGAAAGAAGGUAUGGAACUUUUCAAGCGAAUGGGGAUGGAGAUGAUAGUCCCUGAUGAGAAGACUAUGGUGAGUGUGGUAUCAGCAUGCGGUAGUCUUGCAGACCUCAAUGCUGGCCGUUUGGUUCAUCAGUUCAUUCAUCGACAAGGCAUAAAGGAAGACAAGUUUGUGCAGACAGCAUUGGUUGACAUGUAUGCAAAGUGCGGGAGCUUAGAGGACGCGUUGCUCGUAUUCUUGAAGAUGACUCACAAGGAUGUUUUCGCUUGGACAGUACUGAUUUCUGGUUUCUCAACAUAUGGUUAUGGAAAGGACUCUUUCAAACUCUUCUCAAUGAUGCAAUGUGAAGGAGUGGAACCAAAUGAGGCAACCUUUGUGGCAUUGCUCAAGGCUUGCACUAAUUCAGGCCUUGUUCAUGAGGGCCACAUGUGGUUCAAGAGAAUGGAACAAAAUUACAAUAUCAAACCUAAGAUUGAGCAUUUGGGCUGUAUGAUUGAUCUUCUCAGCAGAGCUGGGAUGCUAUCUGAAGCUGAAGAGUUGAUUAAAUGUAUCCCCAUACAAGACAGAGUCGUAGUAUACAAGACUAUGCUCCAUUCGUGCAUUUGUUUUUCCAACAUUCAACUUGGAGAAAGGAUUGCAGAGGAAUUGAUCAAGUUGGAUAAGCCACAAAGUCAUGGUGUAUAUGUUCUGCUUUCCAAUUUCUAUGCUUUUGCAAGAAGAUGGCAAGAUGUUGAAGAGCUAAGAGAAAUUGCAAGAAGUUCAGAUAUGAAGAAGGAUGCUGGGAUUAGUUACAUCAAGGUGGCAGCCUAAACAUUUCGAAAUGUAUCAUCGACCAGCAGCAGAUCCAAUUCUUCAGAGAUCAUACAUCAAUAUUUUCAAUAUUUCCAUCCAGUCUUUUGGGAUAGAAGCGACAACAAGCACCAAAGUUAACAAGUGUCCUAUGGAUUGUGAAGACUGUGACCUUAGGAGGGACCUCCACCAACUUGAUCUUGUAAGCGAGGAUGACACCAAAGCUUGCUCCACCUCCACCUCUAAUGGCCCAG